UAAUGUAGUAUAUAGUAAAUAUGUACAGUUGUGGAUUAGAACUGGAAGAGCUUACUUCAAGUUGUUAAAAUACAGCAAAGAUGGCUGAGGAAAGUGACAGGAGUCAAUUGCCACCCGGCUGGGAAUGCAGAUAUGAUAUACGAAGUGGUCGUCCAUAUUUUAUAAAUCAUUUUAAUCGUACAACAACAUGGGAAGAUCCGAGAGUAAGAUAUUGGCAGUAUUCUCAGUAUAUACAAUCACAAAAUUCGAUGGCACUGAGUUCUGCUACGACUAUAACUUCCCAAGAUAUACCUAUGCAGACUGGUGGAAAUGGAAGUGGUGGACAUAUAGGUUAUACAGGAGCUCAUAGAGCUCCACAAAUCUAUCCAACACCGUCUCCUUAUCAUAAUCCGCAACUUGCAUUUUUACCUCCUAGUUUACAGGAACUGAAAACUCCAUUAUCUUUGAAAUCGGUUAGUGCCAUGACAAACAGGCUUGGGGAUAUGACAUUAGGAUCGCCUACUCCAAUAAAGAAUAUGGAGACAAGUUUAACUCAGAACACUGAUUCUGAACUACAAGUUGCUAAAAUCAAUGCUAUGUUUCCAACUGUUUCUGAGACACAUAUUCGGCUUCUUUUGAAAAAGUACCUGAAGAAUGUAUUUCCAAAAGUGGAAGAAACUAUGUUGCUUGAUAUUUUGGAGCAAAGUGAUAAUAAUGUUCAAAAAGCUUCUGAAAAACUAAUUGAUUUGGGCUAUGAAAAACGAAAUCCUACAGCUCCUAGAUCGCUGACAAAAAGAAAAGAGGAAGAACAAAUGAAAACUGUUCAAAAUGCACCUACUCCUCCUCCGCGAAUGAAAAGUUUAGAAGAAAAAAAUAAAAUCAAAGUACGUUUAAUGGAAAAAUAUAAGUCAGUGCCAGAAAGAGUCAUAAUGCUUGCUAUGGAUAGCGUUGAUUACGAUGAAGAAAAAGCAAUACAUAUAUUAGACAUUAUGGUUACGGAAGAAGCAACUAGACCUUUAUGUACAAGUAGUCAAAGCAGUAGAAGUGAUGAAAGGAAAGAUAGUCCACCAAUAACUGAAGCUGUAAAAUUAACUGCAUCACCAAUUAAAAAAGUAGUUAAGGAUGUAGAAUCUGAAAAAUCUAAGCGAUCUAAAAAUAAAAUAGAAAUACCAAAAGUUUCCCGAGGAACAAGUACUACAGAAGAUAAUGAAUAUAAAUCUCCAUAUUUGACAAAACCUGUAGGACCAAAUCCUGAUUUACCAAAAGGAGCCAACAACGAUUUACUUUUACCUGAUUAUGCACCGUGGUCGGGACCAGAUCCAAAUUUAUUGACGAAGGAAACAUUUGGUAAAAUAAAAUCAAAAGGCCGCGAUACAAAUUUGAUUACUCCAAAUCGUUGCAUUGCUAAAGGCCCUAAUCCAGAAUUAAGAAAGGGUCCAUUGAGAGGAUUAACUCAAGGUUCUAUAUAUUCUCAACGAAACAUGUCUAAUACUGAAAGUCGUGGUAAAUGAAAUAUGUUCAAUUGUUUCUUUGUUAAUUUUUAUUUUUGUUAAAUUAGAAAAAUUAUUUUUAUUUUAUGUAAUGCACGUUUUUAUAUAUUUUUGUUAAAUAUUUUGUUACAAGUUAUAUGAUUUCGUAAUUAAAGUAAGACAUUAAUUGUUAAUCGAUUGAAAUAUUUAAGUUUUAUCUUUGUAAUAUAAGCUUGCAGAACAUCAAUUUACAUUACCAUAGUUGCGAGACCAUAUCGAUAAAUAUUGGGAAAUAUUUAUUAUAUUUAUCGUUUACUCGUUAACACGUUUCGUUAUACUUUUAUGUUUGUUAAAUGAUGUUUAGUUCGAUAUUCUGAGAAUAGAAACUAAAUUUGGUAAGGUAAUAUAUACAAGGUAGUAAAUAGAUUAUAAUUGUAAAGGAAUGUGCAAAGAAGUGUUCAAGUUUACUUACACAAGAAUACUUUAAAUCAUUUUAAAAGUAUAUCAUGUUCUACUAUGCAUUAUCAAUUUGGAAAUAUUACCAUGCUUCCAUUUAUGACAUAUCUUGUCAUUUUUAAGCUAUAUAUAAACGUGACCAAGUUUUUAAUUAGUCGCAAGAUAAUUUUAAAGACCUUUGAUAUUAAUUAAAUUAUCCUAAUGUAUUCUAAACAAAAAGAAUUAUUAACGAACUUCUUUGCAAAUGUAAGUACAAUUUCUAAUUAUUUACACUUUAAAUUUAACAUAUUAAUACUUAUUAUAGCAAUAGUAAUUAAUUAUAUGAUGAAAUAUUCUGCAGUAUUAAUAAUGAUUUUCGUAUUUAUGGUAUUAUACGUUUAUUUGUUAGAUAAAAUUUAAAUCUCACGUUUUAUUUUGCCAAUAUGAAGUGUUGAAAUAUGCUAAAUUUAAUUAGAAAGUUAAAAUAUUUUAUUGUAUAUUUUAUUCUGAUUAUACCAUAAAAAAUUUUUUAUGUUUACAAACACAGAACUAUUUUACUGUGUUUGUUUGUCGAAUUUAUUAUAUUACAUGUACUUGUAAUAUAAAAUAUCAAAAAUCGUUAAUAUUUCAACACUAACAUUUUUUAAGUCAUAAAAAUUGUAAUAUUAUAUAGUGCUUCUUUGAAAGUUGAGAGUAAUUUGGCACUUUAUCUGGCCAAAUUUCAAAGCAGAAUCUCAAUCAAAUUUUUAGAGAAAAACUAAUUCUAUUUCUUUGUUACUUUCAAAAUUGAUACUUAUUAUUAUGAAUUUAAGCCAAUAUAUUCAGUAUUAUAAAACAUUUCGAAUAAAUAUAAAAAUAAGACAAAAUUAAUUAAUUAUGCAAGAAAUGUUUGGAAAGCUAUUAGUUUUGUAAACUAUACACAUUUUGAACCAUAUUAAGUAAAAAUAUUAUUAAAAAACAAAUUUACAUUUCCAUGAUGUAAACUUCCAGGCAAUUAUCAGAUACAGUAUAGGCUAUAACAAAAAAUGGGGUUUCUAAUAGGCUGAACAAAAAACAAAAAAGAAAAGAAAAAAGAAGGAAAUAAUGUUUAUAUGCGUUAUAGUUAAAAUGAAUGUACAGAAGUAUUUUCAUAGCUUAAUCAAGAAUAUUCCUGCCUUUGAAAAGAAUCUAAUAUAUAAAUAAAAGUUAGUAACAGAUGGGCUGUGGCAGAUUAGUUGAGAGCUAUUUUUAUAGCUUUUUGACUCUUGAAGAAACUAGAAGGAAUAAAAUAAUCUAUUUUGACUAUAUUUUGAGUAUUGCCACGUAUGCAUAAGAGUACAUUAACGGGGAAUAAGUAUUUCAAUUAGAUCACUAUUGCAAUUUGAUAUUCCAAUGUAAAACACUUUCUCAUAUACAGUUGUUUAUAUGUGGUAUUUUGUGUACAUGGUACACUAGUGAUUUGGUGUUUAUAUAUUGGGAUGUGUUGCUAUGGAACGAUUACUAGUCAAUAUAUAAAAUGCCAAAUUUUUUUCUAUUAAAAUUCUUCCAUCCAGAAAAUGCUUUUCUUCUAAACACUAUUUUAUGAGAUAUGAUAAGCAAAUAACAAUUUUCUCAUUAUUCCUCUUCAUUCGCAUAAAAAGACAUACAUAAAUUAGAUGUUAUAGAAGAUUGUGUGCAAUAGGUGUUAGUAAAAUUGUGCUAUUCUUAAAGUAAUGAAUGUAUUUUAUCAUAUGUAAUUUGUUGAUCUAUGACAGUUUUGUUAUGUUAAUGGUAUAAGAUAUUCAUUAUACACUAUGUACUCAUACAAUAAUGUUAAAUGUUAAUGGUGUUAACCUGUUCUGUAAUUAAGAUUUCAAGUUCCACGCAAUUUAUCGUGUACGCAUUACUUUAUUUACAGAAACAAAACUAUUUUUAACAAAUUUUAUGCGGUAUGAAUACAUGAAAGAAAAUCUAUAUAUUUAAAUAUUCUCAGAAUUAUUUCUCAUUUAACAUAAUCACUGUAAUAAUGCCAGAGAUUGUAUUUGCCCUGAUAGAGCAAGUCCAUAGGUAAACAAAAUUUCGUCCUAGAUAUUUUAAAUUAAUAAUUAAUGAAAACAGUCCAUACUUAGCAGUAUAAACAUAAUGUAAAUGCAAAUGGUGUAUACUGAAUAUUAAGGUAAUGCAAAAAUUGUAUUUCUCUGUAUUUACACAUAUCUGUACAAUAAAGACAUGUAUCAACAUUUG